AGGGGAAUCCCCUUUCUUUUUUAGGAGAGAGCGGUAUAAAUAAUGGCUUGCCUGGCUAUCUUACAAAACUUGUAACAAUUUAAUUUCAAACAGACAAAAAGAAAAAAAAGAACGAAUUUAAGCCCACCAUGUCGCUCUACAAUGACAUUGACCUUCUACUAAUCGGGAAAACUGGGAACGGCAAGAGCGCCACUGGGAACACCAUCUUAAACAGGAGGGCUUUCAUCAGCCGAUCAGACUCCACGUCAGUCACGCUACAAGUCAACGACGAGGUCAGCGAGGUCGAAGGUCGGGUGAUCAAGGUCGUUGAUGGACCAGGGGUGGGUGACACCCGUAUGAACACCGCUGAAUCGACUAAACUGAUGGCUGACGCUAUGGGCAAAGCUAUCGCAGUUAACCCCAUUGGUUAUCACGCUUUUCUGCUUGUGGUGAGAUACGGGGGAAGGUUUACGGCUGAGGACAAAGACACGAUUGAGUUCUUGAAGAAACUGUUCGGUGCCAACGUCAUCAAAGACUUCUGUAUCCUCGUCAUGUCCCAUGGAGAUGUGUUUGAAGACGACAGCGAGGAGACUGGAGAAAAGUUUGAACAGUGGUGCCGGAGACAGCAGGGUGUUCUCAAAGAGCUGAUGGUCGAAUGCGAUAACAGAGUUCUGCUGAUGAACAACAGGACGAAAGAUGUUGAGAAGAAGAAGAGACAAGUGAGAGAAUUGAUGUCGAUGGUGGACGAUCUCAGGGCUAAAGGACAACGAUACACUGACAAGAACUUUGAAAACGCUAAAAAGACACGAGACUACUUGCUGGUCGAGUCGAAUAAACCCAUCGUCCAGGAAGAAACUUUAAGAGAGACGAGUCUCAUCCUGCAGAAACUUCAACACAUCCAGAGUUCAGUGGAAAUCGCAGAAAGACAGCCUUGUCUUGAUCCUCUGCGAGAACGCGUCGAAAAACUACUGAGUAAAGUUUCAACAGUUGACCAAGGUACCGGUGCGCUGCAUGAUAUUCUGUUGACCAUCAAGUCUCUAGAGAACACGAUAGCAGACGAGAGUAAGUUCUGCAAGAAUGUCAUCGAGGAGAGGGAGAGGAUGAAACGGGAGGAGGAAGAGAGGAUGGCGAAGUUUCAGGCAGCGCUGGACGCGCAGACGGCGGAGUAUGAGAGGUUGAUGCAAGAGGGACGGCUAGAACAGGAGAAGCAGAAGGAGAUGAUGAGAGAACAGGAGAGACUGAGGAGAGAGAUGGACGAGCAGAGAGAGAGAGACUUUGAAGAAAGAGAGAGGCAGAGGCAGCAGAUGCUGGAGGAAAGCCGGAAAUACAUCGAAGAUUCCAGAAAAAUUGAGGACAGCUAUAAAAAUGCUAAACAAGAAAACAGCAACGAUUUUUUCAAGGAGUUGGCUCAAGUUGUUGUUUUGUCUGUUUUUAAAUUCUUCGGGUUUUGAACAAAAAUUGUAAUAGAUUUUGCUAUGCCUAAUUCAUAUAGGCCUAUAUAAACAUUACUAUUUUCUUUUAUACAAAUUUAAUAUUUUAAAAAUAAUACAUAUCUGCAAAUGAGCUAAAAAACUUGCAAAUUGUAUAUAUAAUUUUUUUUUUCUACACUAGCUACAUUCAUGCAUUCGGAAACUAUGAUUUUUGCUUCAUAACAUGUUCGGCAGAUGAAUGAAUAUUUGUUUUUGCAAAUUAAGCAUUAAAAUUGAAUAAAACAAAUUUUCUUUGACUUUA